UUGGUAUUUGUUCUUAAUCGCGCGAAAUGAUACAUAUUCGACAUAUAUAGCCUUUGAUAUUCCUUAUUUUUAACGCAAACGUGAAUGGAUAAAUUAUCGAAUGUAAUCCUAAUAUGAUUUUGAUCUAUUAAAUUAUUACAAUUAUCUUUUCUUUUAUUAGAAAAUUAUAAUUACUAUGACAUUUGUUGGUAAAAAUCACUCGAGCAUACGAGAUGCAUUCGAACGAUUUUUCGAGACGAAAAAUAUAGAAGAGCAAUGCACCGAGCAGUCCUUGACAAGUUUACACAAUGUUUUCUUAUCAGCAGAGAACGGGAUAAUGAACUCUUCUCAACUGUACGAUGCUUUCCAAGACAUCCUCAAGAUAAAAAUGACGCAGGAGGAGUUCAAAGUAUUUUUCAACAAAAUGGACACGCGACUUGAUAACAUGGUAACGUGGGACGAAUUCAUUUCUUACUUGCUGAUAGAAUUUCGGGAUAUAGACAUUAGUUUGAGAUCGCAAAUGCUGGAAAUGCCAUUAACGGAUUUACCAAAAUUGUUAAGGACGCGUCAUCGCACCCCUGUGUGCAGAAUUACGUUUUGUCCCGAAGUUUUGCCGGACAGAAGCACGAGUUUCCGUCAAGGUUGUUAUUUGACUGUUAGCCGAGAGGGAGUGAUUAAUUACUGGUCGUUGGAUCUCGAGUACGAGCGUAGUGUGCAAUCCAAGAAUCCGUAUUUAAAGGUGCGAUCUACAGUUAUAACUGAUAUGAUCGUGCUACCGGAUGUUCAGAUAGUGUGCACGAGUUCAACGGAAUGUGAUUUGAGAUUUUACGACGUCUCGGCAAAAAAGUUUGAUCUUCGCAUACUGAUAUCCAGUUUGGAAAAUGCAAUCGUUUGCAUGCAUUACUACUUCAGUACGAACACGAACGAGAAUUCCUAUAUCGUCCUGGGUGAUAUGAGUGGAUCUGUCGCAAUCAUGGCCUUUAAUCCUACGGACAGAGGACCUUUCAAGCAAAAUACUGCACACGACAUGAUCAGUCUGCGUUACAGCAACGUUAUUAAAGGAGAGCUGCGAGGUUUCGACAUCACAGAGUUCAAGAACAUACAUACAAACUGGACGAGCCAGGUGGCUUAUUACGGAAGCUUACGAGCUUUCGUGUCGAGCAGCCAAUGCUCCGAUUGCUCCUUGUGCGUUUUCGACGCGAGCGGAGCGAGGACGCGGUACAUAUUCCAAGUUCCCAUGGGAAUAUCCUGCUUCACGCUCUGCGACGAGAGUCGCGUACUGGUGACGGGUGGUCCAGACUGCGUGGUGCGCGUUUGGAAUCCGUUUUUCCCCGGAAAGGCAAACGCCGUUCUGUCGGGGCACCGCUCGACCAUCUGCGCCCUUGUCGUGAUAGACGCCGGCGAGCGGAUUUAUUCCCUGUCGAAAGACAGAUGCGUAAAAGUGUGGGACGUCCCGUCUUUUAGCUGCAUUCAGACGUACAACCGAUUGCCGCACGAGCUGAGUGAAUACACUCCUAUGACCAUAGUGUUCAACACGCUGACCCGUACGAUGAUUAUUGCCAGCAUGAUGAUAGCCAUCCUCGUUUGCGAGCACGUAAUUAACGAGGAAUCCUCGGACGGCUACACGCAUACCAAGGGUGUCAGUUGCGUGCUCUAUAAUCAGCUCUUCGGUGUGAUUGUUUCCACGGGACUGGAUUCGUGCAUCAUCGUAUGGGAUCCGUGGCGCGGACGCCGUUUACGUUUGAUAUCGCACGCUCACAGUAUUAUACAAUACGGGCAACACGUCGACAUCGAGAUCACGGCGGCUUGCUUCGAUAAUUCGGAGCAAUUUGUAAUAACCGGCGCUAGAGACGGCUCAAUGAAAAUGUGGAACUACAAUCUCGGCGUCUGCGUACGCAAUAUAAUGGUCGAUUAUCAAUGCGAAAUAACGAACGUCUUCUGGUACGAAAAUCGAAUUCUGUGUUGCGGCUGGAAUAAACGCGUAACAGAAUUCGCAGCUUUCGAGUCUGACGUAUGCAAGAAGAAUUGGACGACCAGUCACACCGACGACAUUCUGUGCUCGGCUGCAAAACUGCCGCAGCUGGUAGCUACCGGAACGUACAACGGAGAACUGAUUCUCUGGAGGCUCGAAACGGGCCAGCCUUUCAGAAAGUACCAAGUGACCGAUGUUAGUCAAAGGUACACGAGAAAGACGGACGCGCAGAAAGAGUCCGGAAAAUCGGAUGAGAUCGGCAGAUCCUUGAAUCAGCAAAUUGAAAAAUUGACUCCGUGUGACCAUCAAGAGUCGGCGUUGAACAUCGUUCGCGUGAUCGCGGUACGCGCGAUGAUCUUUCUAACCGCGCGGGAAGCGAAACCGGACGUCGGCACGCUGCUGAUCGCCAUCGAUUCCGGCCUGGUGCAAGUGUGGACGCAUCAUCCCGCGGCGGGAUUUUUAGGCGCGUUCUCGGUCAUCCACACCGUCGGCGACUGCGCCACGUCUCUGGCUACCGAUCCUGAAAAUCAAUUUCUCGUAACAGGUCACAGCGUGGGGUACAUGAAAGUUUGGCUCCUCUCCAACUACAUGCUACCAAAUCCGCCGAAGGUGUGCAUGCCGCUGCUAAGAUUGGAAUUUCCAUUCUUGUGGAAAGACAAGAUAGACGGAAGGGCGAAGAGAGCGGUGCGAAAUCAAACGUUGCCGCUGCUGCUGUCGUCCGUGCGCGGUCACACGCGAGGAAUUACCUCUCUUCAGAUCAUUUCUAGCGCGCGAAUAAUAAUCAGCGGCAGUGCGGAUCGCACAGUACGUUUGUGGAGUUUCGGAGGUCGUUACAUAUCGACGCUGGGCACGUUUAGAGACUGGAUCCCGAUUCUGCCCACGGUGCCCGUGCAGAAGUACUUCGAGGAUUAUAAAAUUCCAGCGGACAUCAAGGGAUCCGCCAGUUCCACCACUUUGAAGGUACUUCACGGUGGCAUGAGGCGAAUACCGACGGAGAUCGAGGAGGAGGAGAUGGAUAUGCCGAAAGAAGUUCUCGAAGAGGAGCGACACAUGUUGUACGGGAAGGAAUUGGACAUUGUUGCGCUCACGACUUAUUACGAGUCACAGCUGCCUGAAAGAACGUAUCAGAAACAUCUGCGAUUAGACAAUACCUUGCCAUACAUACCGAUUUACACGCAUUUACCAACAUACUCUGUGAAUCCUAUCGAGAUGCAGAAAACACUUGGACAGAAAACGGAACUUGCGAAAAAUCUAUAUUCGAAAAGAGCAAUGAAACCACUGCACUCCUCCGCAAUGGAAACACCCAAUUAGAGCACUUCCACGAGAUGAAAUCUACCGCAAUGUUGAAUUCUCCAUGAACUGAAACUUAUAAAAUUCUGGCGAAAAAAAUGUUUGCAAUAACAAUAUAUAUUUUACACAUUAUAUAAUUGUAUAUAUAAAUCGAAAUUGGAUAUUUAGAUUACUCUCCGAUUAGUGAAACUCGUAUUCAUUAACAAUUAUUUUUAUU